AUGACAACUUAAAUAUAAUAAAAGAAAUUUUAUUUCGAAGCUUUAAAAUUCUACUACUUAAACAUUAUCUUAUAUAAUUAAGUUGAUUAGGUGAAGAUGGAAAUUGAAAAUAUGAAAAUAUAAUUUGAAGAACUCAAUAAAAAGAAAAGAAGAAAAAAUUCAGAGAUUAAAAAAUUACAUGUUUGUUAGCAUUGCCUAAAAACUUAUGGGUAUUAAAUUUAUAAGUAAUAUUAAGGACAUAUGGAGCUAAAUAUAAGCAUAUUAAAAUUAAACAUUAAGAAUGA